GCAGCGGCUCUCUUAGUAGAUGAAACAGGCAUUAGCAUGACGGCGGAUGAAUACCUUAAGGAACGAAACGAAAAACAGCUUGAACGAUUUCCUUUUGUUAAACCUAUGCCCGGUGUCAUGGUGGCAACAAGUUCAUACCAUGAUGUUUUCGAGGUUAAAACAUCAAAUAAUCAAGAACUUUUUGGUAUGUUCGACAGUAUUACAUGUGGUGAUGACCCAGAUAUCAAGAAUGGUAAGCCAGCACCAGACUUGUUUCUUUCAACUAGAAAGAAAAUGGGUAAUCCACCGGUUGAACAAUGUUUGGUAUUUGAAGAUGCAAUUAAUGGAAUCCAAGCAGCGAAAAAUGCGGGAAUGAAAGUUGUUUGGGUAGCGCAUCCUGAAUUGGCAGCAAUAUAUCCAGGUGACAAUGGAGCGGAUGAAAAGAUAUUAUCUUUAGAAAAUUUUAAUCCAGCAAAAUAUGAAUUACCACCUUUUGAUGACA